AUGCCGUGUGGGUGGCUGUGGCUGACGUCGCCGUUCUACUUCUACUACCUCAUGAACGUCACACCGACAUCGCUGUCAUCACGAUAUAAAUAUAUAGCAAAGACGAUACUGUGUUCAUGCCUCGUCAUGCUCUCUGUCAUACGACUCAUCUACGCUGCAGACAGUUACAACACCAGGACAUUCUCUGCCUUCUUCAUCGCGCCUGCUGUCCAGACAGUUACCUUUCUGCUUGCUAUCCUGCUGCUGCUCCUGGAGAGGAAGAAAGGUCUCAUCACUUCCGGGGUGAUGUUCACCUUCUGGCUGCUACUCACCCUGGUUGACUUCAUCCCCUUCUACUCCAUCAUCAUGCAGGAGCAAUACGAGCAAAACAUCCGCAAAGAUGUAUUCUUCUACAUAUACUAUGGGCUAGUAUUGUCAGAGCUGAUCCUGAGCUGUUGUGCAGAGACGUCUUCAGAAUUGACUACCCAGAACAAGAAACCGUGUCCUGAACUGAGCGCUUCCUUUCUCUCAAGGAUCACCUUUUGGUGGAUGAACAGCUUAUUAAUGAGAGGAUACCGUAAGGCUUUGACAGAAACCGACAUCGGUGAUAUUCAUCCUGAUGAAUCGUCCGCCCAUACCGUGUCUCGUUUUCUGCCGCGGUGGAUGAAAGAGAUUAACAAGUCAAAGAGAAGACAGGUUACCCACAGCUUCCCCAUUGAAGGAUCGUCCCCAUUCACCUUACCACCAACUGGAGCAACUUUGCAAGUCACCAAGAACCAAAGCUACCAGAAUGCAGGGUCUUCCCGGCUUGCUCAGCUUGAUACUAUUAUCAGACGAGUCUUCCUGGGCCUCACCAUGUCCAGAUCCAUCAACGAGGUGAUGAUAUCACACUUCAAAGAUCCACAGUCCGACAAAGAACUAUGCACAGUCUUUUCUCAAGCCAGCUGGUACCAGGGGAGAAAAGUGGCACUACGGAUUUCUGCUGUCACCAUAUCUGCAAUCUAUAGAAAGUCCUUGAAGAUGAGCAACAAGGCCAAGAAAGAGUCUACAAUAGGUGAAAUUGUGAACCUGAUGUCUGUGGACGUAGAGCAUUUGCGAACGUUCAUAUUCUAUAUCUGGGAAUCAUGGUCACAGCCUCUGAAAGUUGUCAUUUCCCUGUAUCUCCUGUACCAGUUUCUUGGAGCCUCUAUGUUUGCUGGGAUGGCGGUUUUGUUUGUGUUGUUGCCCGUCAACGGUAUUACUACUUUACUGUGGAAGAAGUUUCAGGCUGAACUCAUGGAACAAAAGGACAAGAGGAUGAAGAUCACGAAUGAAGUACUCAGUGGAAUAAAGAUUCUGAAACUAUACGCCUGGGAACCGUCUUUCCAACAGAGGAUCCUUGAAGUCCGGAAACAGGAGCUGCACAUUCUGUGGAAGAUCUCCCUAAUGCAGGUUUUCACCACCUUCUCCUGGGCGCUGACUCCCUACCUCGUGUCGUUGGCUACGUUCACGACAUAUAUCGUCACAUCUGAAGAUCACUAUCUUGGACCCGAUGUCGUCUUUACCGCCAUGUCACUCUUGAGCAUCCUGAGACAAGCGGUCGCUUUUGUGUCAAUGAAGAGGAUAACAAAGUUCCUCAAUACUGACGAUUUGGACGAGACACAGAUACAUUUUAACUCCACACAGGAUUCACUAUCGAAAACAGAUCCUGCACUGAAGAUUAUUGACGGGUGUUUCCGGUGGACAUCUGAAUUCGGACCGGCUCUCACAAAUAUCAACUUGACAAUCGACGAAAGUCAACUUGCAGCAGUCGUAGGUCAAGUUGGAUCAGGAAAAUCUUCUCUUUUAUCUGCAAUAUUAGGCGAGAUGAACAAGGUCAACGGCUAUGUCAGUCUAAAGAGUAACAUUGCCUACGUGCCACAAGUUGCGUGGAUCCAGAACGACACCCUGCAGAACAACAUUCUGUUCGGGAAGCCCAUGGACAGACAUUGGUACAACAAAGUAGUAGAUUGUUGCGCUCUGACUCCGGAUCUGGAGAUGUUACCAGCCGGCGACAUGACAGAGAUUGGGGAGAGAGGUAUCAACUUGAGUGGAGGACAGAAGCAGAGAGUGUCUCUAGCUAGAGCUGUCUACAACGAUGCGGAUAUCUAUCUGCUAGAUGAUCCACUCAGCGCUGUUGACAGUCAUGUAGGGAAACAUAUCUUUGACAAGGUCAUCAGUAGACAAGGAUUGCUUGCUGGCAAGACUCGUGUCUUGGUUACUCACGGCAUCCACUGGCUCCCAGAGGUGGACUCCAUCCUUGUGAUGACCCGUGGUCAGAUAUCAGAGACAGGGACGUAUGAAGAGCUUCUCCACCAUAACGGACCCUUUUCUGAAUUCCUGCAGAAGUAUCUUCUUGAGAGCAUUGAUUCCGGUAUCACCGAUCCCGAAUGUAAGUUGGACAUUCCACAGGUUAAACUGAAUGUGUUUCUGGCAUACGGCAGAGCUAUCGGCCUUUGGACUAUAUUAUUCUCACUCGUCAUGUUCGCGUUAUUUCAAGCAAUGUCAGUGACGUCAAAUACAUGGCUCAGUAAAUGGACUGACGAUCUCCUCAACAACCUCACCAUUCUCCCGUCCAACAGCUCAGAGCGAAUGGAGAAGAACAAUUACUAUCUAGGCAUCUAUGGUGUCUUGGGAGUAGCUCAGACUGCUGGCAUUCUCCAUACCAACAUGCUGAGGAAUGUUUUGAGGGCACCGAUGUCCUUCUUUGACACCACACCUACGGGCAGGAUUGUCAAUCGAUUCUCCCAGGAUAUACAUACCAUCGACACCAGGAUUCCGAGUCUGGCGGAGCACACUGGCAACACAAUGUUCCGUGUACUCAGCAUCAUCAUCGUCAUCUCCUACACCACGCCCAUAUUCCUCGUGGUUAUCAUCCCCUUGGUUAUUCUGUACUCUUUUAUUCAGAGAUAUGAAAGUAGUGACAUUCCCAACAUUCUGGUAAAACCAGGCAUAUCCAAAACCAUAUUGAUUUAG